CACCAAAUCUACAUAUCAAAAUACAAAACAGAAAAAAUAUCCUAAUCCCGCAAAAAUGGAAUUGACCGAGCUGAUACCCGGUUUGCCCGAAGAAAUCGCGUACGAGUGUCUGACUCGGCUGCACUACUCGGCCCACGGAGUCGCCUCCCGAGUCUGCCGCCGCUGGGAGCACCUCAUCAAAAGCAGAGACUUCUACAACUACAGAAAGCAAUCCGGCCUCACCCACAAGGCCGCUUCUCUAAUCCAAGCGCUUCCGGUCCGACCCGGGUCGAAGCAGGCCGGGCCCGUCGUCUACGGAAUCUCCGUUUUCGACCCGGAGAGCGGGGAAUGGGCCCGGGUCGACCCGGUUCCGAAGUACCCGGAGGGGCUGCCGCUGUUCUGUCAGGUGACAAGCUCGGAGGGGAAGCUGGUGGUGAUGGGCGGGUGGGACCCGGCGAGUUACCACCCGGUGAGGGACGUGUUCGUCUACGAGUUCACGACGCAGCGGUGGAGCAGAGGGAGGGAGAUGCCGGAGGUCCGGUCGUUCUUUGCCGCCGGGGAGAUGGACGGCCGGUUGUACGUCUCCGGCGGGCACGACGAGAGCAAGAACGCGCUGAGGUCGGCGAGGGUUUAUGACGUCAGGGCUGACGAGUUGAGUGGGAUGAGUGAGGAGCGAGACGAGUGUGAGGGGAUUGUAAACGGGUCGUUGUUUUGGGUGGUGAGCGGGUACGGUACGGAGAGUCAGGGGGAGUUUGUGGGGAGCGCGGAGGUUUAUGAGAUCGGGUCGGGUCGGUGGAGGCGGGUCGAGGACGCGUGGAGGGCGGGGGAGUGUCCGAGGUCGAGCGUGGGGAUUGGGAAGGAUGGGAGGUUGUUUAGUUGGGGGGAGAGGGAUUCGGCGGUGAGAUGUGGGCCGUGCGGGGUGGAAUUGGGUAAGUGGGCCUUUGUGUCCGGGUCGGGUUACCAAGGUGAACCGCAUGGGUUUUUUUUGCGGGAAGGGGAAAAUGGGAAGCUGAGGAAGGUGGAUGUGUGUGAGGACUUCUCUGGGUUCGUUCAGUCCGGUUGUUUUGUGGAGAUAUGAGUGUUGGCUUCGCCUUUUAGAAGCACUUUCCUUGUUGCAAUAGGAAGAGCUGUGUAAAAGCAUUGAAGUAUUUUAACAUCAUGUAAAAUAUGUUACCAAUCUGAUUCCAUUUUUGGCAA